AUGGCAUGCCUCUCGAGAAUUGAUGCAAAUUUGCUUCAGUAUUACGAAAAAUCUAAACCUAAUAAUACCGUUGAUUUAUACAUCAACAAUAACGGCAAUAAUAAGAGAUUCAAAACUGGAGAGAGCGUAAUUACAACUCCAGUUUCUCAACACCAUGGUAGCGAAUAUUCGAAUUGUAUCCUUUUGAGUAACUCCGAAUAUAUCUGUUACCACCUUUCCUCAAAAUCAACACUAUUAACAUUUUAUUCUUUAAGUGAUGCAUAUAAUGGCAAGACGAUAAAUGUUCACUUACCAAAUGCUUCUAUGAAUCAAAGACAUACCUUAACGAUACGAGAGGUAAACCAAUGUUUGCUGGCUAAUUUGAUUUUGAAAGACGGUUCGUUCUUAACUUUGCAACUACCCCUAAGUUUUAUCUUUUCAUCAGAUGACACUCUCGACAAAGAGUGGUUUCACAUUCAGAACCCAUAUGAUUUCACAGUCAGGAUUCCUCAUUUCCUGUAUUUUGUAGCACCCGAGUUCUCUGUCGUAUUUUUGGAAGAUGGUGGUUUGUUGGGUCUAAAGAAAAUUGAUAACUUAAAUUACGAGCCCUUACUAUUCAAUGAUAAUUCUUAUUUGAAAAGUUUAACAAGAUUUUUUUCCAAAAAUUCCAGUUCAGAUUUUGAUGGUGUGAUCAGUUGCAAGCUAUUCCAUGAGAAAUAUUUAAUCGUUUUGACUCAAAAUUGCCAUUUAAAAAUUUGGGACUUAGCUUCAUUUGCCCUAAUACAAGAUUAUGAUAUAAUUUCUCAACCAGGUUUAAAUACAAGUCAUUUCAGAAAAGUGGAAGUGGUAGGACAGUACCUUUCCUUAUAUAACAAUACUCUGGUUACAUCGUUGCCUUUAGAAAAUGGGCUUUUCCAAAUGGGUACUUUGUUAGUCGAUUCAAACGGUAUUUUGACUUACACUUUUCAAAAUAAUAUUCCUACUAAUCUUUCCGCAUCUGCCAUUUGGUCAAUUGUGGAUUUAGUGUUAACGAGACCAUUGGAGUUGAACGUUGAGUCUAGUUAUCUAAAUUUGAUUGUUUUGUGGAAAAGUGGUACUACCAGCAAAUUACAGAUACUGAACAUAAAGGAUGAAAGUUAUAGAAACUACGAAUGGAUAGAAUCGGUAAAUAAAUCUUUAGUAGAUUUACAGUCUGAACAUGACUUAGAUAUCGUAACAAAAACUGGAGAUAUCGAAAGAGGUUUAUGUAACUUGAAAUCAAGAUACGGUGCCCAAAUAUUUGAACAUGCACAACAAAUUUUGAGUGAAAACAAGAUCGUUAUGGCUCAUAACGAAGACGAAGAAUAUUUGGCAAACCUGGAAACGAUAUUAAGAGAUGUGAAAACUGCUUUUAAUGAAGCUUCUUCGAUAACUCUUUACGGUGAUGAAAUUAUCCUUGUUAAUUGUUUUCAACCAUACAACCAUUCUCUCUACAAACUUAAUACUACAGUGGAGAAUUGGUUUUACAAUAUGCAUUCCGAUACUCAAGAGUCUGAGCUAUUCAAGUAUCUAAAGACAUUAAACGGGUUCGCUUCUACAUUGUCUAGCGAUGUGCUCAGGUCGAUUUCUAGAAAGUUUCUGGACAUAAUAACCGGAGAGCUACCGAAUUCUCUGACUACUUCUGAAAAAUUCACAGAUAUUUUCAAAAGUUGCUUAGAAAACCAAUUUGAAAUCACAAAUCUAAAGAUCCUUUUUGAUCAAUUAAACUCAUUCGAUAUCUUAGGUGUCUUGAAUGAUUUAAUUAAUAACCAAAUGAAGCCUGGCGUAUUUGCUAAGAAGGAUUUUAUCUCUUCAAUCAAGUUCGAUGCUUUUACAAGUAUAAUUUCCACAGAAACUAUUCACCAAUUAAUCUCCAUACAUUAUCGUAUUACUUUACAAGUAUUAUUGACGUUUAUCCUGUUAGACUUUGAUGGUAACAUUUUUGAACAACAAUUGUCCACUUUAUUGGAUUUGCAUUAUAAGCAAUCUUUAUUCUUACACCUCUAUAGACAAGAUAAGUUUCUAUUAACGAAGGUUCUUCUCAAGAACUCAUCUGAAUAUUCUUAUGGUGUCAAAUUCUUCAACUACGGACAGCUCAUUUCCUAUAUUGACUCGUUAAACUACGAUGUCUACAACGCUUCAAUCACGGAGAACUCAUUCUUUUUAGCAUUUUUCAAAUCGUAUAUCGUUGAUAACUCCUCGCAUAAGAAUACAAGUUUCUUCUUGGAGAAUGUUGAGCGUCCCUUCUAUUUACGUAAUAAUGCGGUACGGGAGUUUAUGUUUGCCAUGACGUUAUUCAGUUGCGGUAAAUUCGAUCAAUCAUACGAAAUAUUUCAAUUACACGAUUAUCCAGAAGCCAUUAACGACUUAUUGCCGACAUUUCUAGAAGAUCUUAAAAGUGAAAUUUACCAUGGCGGCAGUAUAUGGAAAGACCUUUUGGGUACUUUCGCAUCACCAUAUAGACAUUCUGCUUUCUACUAUCAAUUAUCUCUUCUAUUCGAUAGCAAUAACAGUCAGGAGUUUGCCUUGAAAUGUAUAUCGAAAUCAGCAGAAUAUUCACUGAAAGAAAUUCAAGUUGAAGAACCUCAAGAAUUCAAAGAGAGGCAGCAUAUCCACUAUUUAAAUCUUUUAAUCCAUUUCAGAAUGUUUGAAGAAGUUUUGGACAUUCUGAGAUUAGGUCAUGAAUACCUCACUGAUACGAUAAGAACUAACUUUUUCCGUUUACUACUGAUGAAAGAUGCAUAUUCUCAUGAUUUUUUCAGUACGCUCUUACGCUUAUGCGAUUCUCAUGCAAAUGAUGAAGGACUUUACCUUCGUACUGUGGAUAUCAAAAUAGUGGAUAACAUUUUAUCCGAAAACUUAAGAAGCAGCGAUUGGAAAUGCUUCAAGAAGAUCUACUGCUUUAGAAUGUUGAACAAGAGCGAGAGGUCGGCUGCAGAAGUGCUGUACAAGUAUGUUUCAAUGCAAUCUGACAUCAAUGUUAUUGAAAAGAAGAAGUGUUAUUUAAUGAUUAUUAACGUAUUAUCUACCUUUGACAGCUCAUAUGACCAAUGGAUCUUGGACGGUAGCAGAGUGAUAACAUUAACCGAUAUAAAAGACGAAUUGAGCAAUCUCUAG